AUGGCCAAGCUAGAAAACGGGCGCUCAAAAGGUGUCACAAGAAUACCUUGGAUCUUUGUGCUGCCACCGAGUUGCUUUUUGGUUUUCUUCUUUUUUUCUCUCUCUUUUUGUCAUCUUUCUCUUUUCAACUGGCCCGACGUAUUUGUUAUUUUCCCUCUCGCUCGGCCGGUGACGGGAAGCUGCACGAAGUGCUGGGUGCCCACCCUUCGACUAUUCACUGGCCAGUCAUAUUCGGUGUCCGUUCCGAUACCAGAGACAAGUGAGCCAGCCAGCCAUCCAGCCAGCAUUUUCUCCUUGCACGCACCCUGGUCCAACAGGAACAAAAAGUCCCUGUCAGGAGGUGGAUGGCCUCAAGAUGCACCGGGACAUCCAAGAGACACGGAAUAUCAAUACUACUCAAACCACCCAGCGUUUCGCAACCAGCAGCACCAAGGGCCACAGAUCCCGCGACAGCACGAAACACCACCACUGCCUCCACCAACCAGCCUGUUCGGAUCAAGUGCGACCAGCUCCUCCUCCACUCCAGCCUUUUCGUCGCCGCCCUCUUAUCACCACCAUCACCAAAAUCAUCACUACGCCCCUGUUUCGCCCCUCAGCCGUGACGCGCCCUACAGCAGCAGCCGACCGCAACGGCCACACGGCGGAGAUUAUGCGCCGCCGGCAUCGCCGGUGAACAACACGGCUCUCCCCCAGCAUCCGAGGUGGUUCGACUUUCGACGUUCCUCGGACCCUUCCUCCGUAGCCAGCGAGCGGUCAGAUGAUGCCUCCAGCGCAGAGGCGUCCAGAGCUCAUGCGGCCUCGCACCAGUACUCGGGGUCGGGGAAGGGCGUUGUGCGCCCACCGGGCAUGCAGAUGCAUUUUAACCAGUCUGUCAGGCUCCAACCAGUGAAGGAUGAAGCAGCACGGCCUCCCCCUAUCAAAGGGGGACUAAUGGGGAAGCUCAUCCCAGCAACCUACUCUCCAAAUGGCAGACAUCCUCGUAUAGCUCCACCACCUCCACCGACACCUUCUGCUGGUGCUGUUACCGGUGCUGGUGCUUCUCCCACUCAAAGGCAACUGUUACAGCACUCGCCUACGACGGGCUCCCGGCAGUCGAACCCGUCUUCUCCCCAGAAUCCGCAGCAGCACGGCAUUGACCGCUUCCCGCAGAUAAUACCUUAUCAGCAUGAGCAGCCGCAGCGCCGGCCGUCGAGGCAGCAGUACUCUGCCAGCCCGCCGGUCGACUACACCUUUAGGCAAGGCAAGCAGUCCGGGCUCGACAAGAGCAGCAACAGCAGCAGCAGAAGCAGCGUAUCUCCCAGGCAGGAGAUGAAACAGAUGAGCAUCCACAACCUCCUCUCGAGCGGCGACCAGGACGACCAAGACGACAAGAGCAUCAACAACAGCCACACGGCCAGGGCGUCGAGCGCCAGCCUGGCCAGCCUUGCCUCGCCCAGGUCCGUUCUACCCCCUGCCAUGCCGAGCCCGUCGCCGUCCUUCUCGACGUCCGAGUACCACCUCCACGUGAGGCAGCAGCCGGUAGCGGCGAGGUCGUGCGGCUUUGGCGAGCGCGACCGGCGCGUCAUCGACCCGCCGCCCAUCGUGCAAAUGACCAUCGACGACCCGUCGGCCACGCCGGAGCAGAUGCAGCAGCGGCUCCGGCACCCGUUCAGCGUCGUGCACUGCUCCAUCUACAACGAGACGGGCGAGGAGGACAACUCGGCCAUGCCCGAGGACUACCGGCAGCAGCGCCGGCUGAUGGGGACGCUGGUGGCGUCGCCCUUUGUCGGCAAGGACGAGAACGGCGAGGACGGCUGCUUCUUUUGCUUCCCGGAUCUCAGCUGUCGGACCCCCGGGUCGUUCCGCCUAAAGUUCUCCCUCGUCGUCAUCAACCCCGCCGACAUGCGCCAGGGCCUGAGGACCCCCAUCGCCGCCACCGCCAUGAGCGACGUGCUGGUCGUCUACAACGCAAAGGACUUUCCCGGCAUGCAAGCCAGCACCCCGCUCACCAGGAAGCUGAAGGAGCAGGGCUGUCUGAUCAGCAUCAAGAAGGGGAACGAGAAGGGCGGAGGCGGCGGUGGAAGUGGCGGCGCAGGCGGCUCCAGGGGGGAUCAAUACAGCGAUGACGAUUAUGACGACGAUGGGGGUGGCGGUAGCGGCAGACCCGGGAAGAGGAAGAGGAUACGCAGGAGUUGA